AUGCCUGGCGGACGAUACACCACUGUUCUGAACAACUUCUAUUCAUCCCGUCCGGGCCAUCUUCUCACUCAAGCAGAAUCCAACAGCGGCCCACCACACCAGCCAGAAUGGACCGUGACGUUCAAGGUUAACGGCAACCCGGUUGGUGCGGGCACGGCACCUCAGAAGAAUGUUGCAAAAGAGAGAGCGGCGCAGGCUGCGUGCGCAGCGCUAGGCAUCUCGCCCGCUGGAUUCGUUUUCUGCUCAAGCGACAUGUCACGACGCGGACCGGUGCCCCUUCUGCUCGCUGCCGCGCUGGGCGUCAUAUCCGGCGUUUACAUCUUCAAGCCUUCGUUCGACCAGGCCGUUGUCGAUCACGAAGCCUCUGAGAAUUUGAAGGCGCCGGCUGCGGAUGGCCUAAAGAAGGCCGAUGAACCAUUCAGUUCCACUUCCUCAGAUGCGAAGGUAUCACCGGAGGUUGCGAAUGCUGCCACCCCUGGUCAGACGAAGCCAAGCUAGGAUGCUUGAUUCAGCUGAACCCUAUCUCCCCGUCCUCCCCUGCAAGGCUGUUCCACCUCUCGCCUCAUCAAAGGAGGUAAGGGCCUGCGGGGUUGCGAGGCGCGCGGAAGCCGCCAAAACCGUCGCUCUUGGGGCAGAAGACACCCCAGUUGGGAAGCCCCCAAAUAGAACACAAGCAAUCUACAGAUCCAACCGUGAAUCCAUCGUCUGCCUGAUGCCGUAAUAUGUCAUAUGCAAAUGCCCUUCACCUACGAGGGUUUU